AUGGGUUACAACGCAAAUAUUUUUGUUACACCGGUGGAUCAAAACCUACUGUGCGGAAUUUGCAAGGAAGUGUUGAAGAACCCACGCGCCAUGCAUUGUGGACAUACGUAUUGCGAAGAGUGUUUAGAGAACUGGUUUAAAUCCGCGAAAAACGUAAAGAAAACAUGUCCUACAUGUCGGCGCGAUGUGAUUUCUUCCAACACCGCACCAGUUUUAGCUCUCACCGCAUUCAUUGAGGGACUUUCCGUGAAGUGCGAAAAUGCAGUGAACGGUUGUAAAAUGGUCUUAAAACUAGGAGACUUGGAGAAGCAUUUGGAAAGAUGCGGAUUUACUCUGGUAGAGUGUAGUGGUUGUUAUAAAAUAUUUAGUCAAAGUGAUUUUAACAAUCAUCGCAAAAAAUGCGCGAAGUUGAAUGAUACCAGCUGCUUCGAUGCCCGUGUGCAUGCCGAGAUCGUAGCGAUUCAAAACGAGCUCUUCAAGACAAAGAAGUCCCUUCGAACUUCCGAAGAAACCGUUCGAAGGUUGGAAUCCAAUUUGUUUGAAUUACGGGUACAAAGGCGAAUCCGAGCGGAGGCGACACGCGCCGAAGAUUUCCGAGAAUCCGUGUGGGAUCCUGAUUAUUCAUACGGAUAUUCACCCCGGAGCAUUGUUCAUCUUUCAACUUUCAUUUCCUGUUUUUUGGCUAACAAGCCACCUUACGUUGAUAAAGAACGAAUUUUUGUUUGUCUGAAACGCUGUUUUGAUUUUUAUCAUAACUGCGCAGCGUUCUGGCAAGAUGUCCACAUGCUUUUGGCAACAGCAUUGGCCAGUGGUUGGUUCAGGGAUGAACAGCGAAAGACACUUGACAAUUGGUUGAAAACUUUGGCUCGUGAACGCCUCUUGAAGUGA